CUUUUCAACUCCUAAAGACAAAGACCGGAAGACAUGCAAGUGUAUACCAACCAUCAAAGCAAAAGAUAUCAAGACACAAAGAUUCACAAACUCCAGUUUCAUAAAAUGAUCAUAUAUAUACACUAGUGAGUCCAAAGCUUGAUUACAAAACUAAGAUCUUCCAAUUAAGAACUUGUGCUACCCAUGGCCACUCCCACAGCAUACCAAGAACACCUCCCUGCAUCCCCCCACUGGCUAAACAAAGGGGACAACGCAUGGCAGCUGACAGCAGCCACUCUCGUAGGUCUCCAAAGCAUGCCGGGUCUGGUGAUCCUCUACGCCAGCAUGGUGAAGAAGAAAUGGGCCGUGAACUCUGCAUUCAUGGCCCUCUACGCCUUUGCGGCGGUCCUAAUAUGCUGGGUGCUCGUUUGUCACCGAAUGGCGUUCGGUGACAAACUGCUUCCCUUCUGGGGGAAGGGCGCCCCAGCACUAGGCCAGAAGUUUUUAACACACCGCGCCAAAGUCCCCGAAAGCACGCACUAUUAUAACAAUGGUACGGUCGAAAGCGCGACUUCGGAACCGUUGUUUGCCACGGCUUCUCUUGUGUAUUUUCAAUUCACGUUUGCGGCUAUCACGCUUAUCUUGUUGGCGGGAUCGGUGCUAGGAAGAAUGAACAUCAAGGCUUGGAUGGCUUUUGUGCCUCUUUGGCUGAUUUUUUCGUACACUGUUGGGGCGUUUAGUCUUUGGGGUGGUGGCUUUCUCUACCAUUGGGGGGUUAUUGAUUACUCUGGUGGAUAUGUUAUUCAUCUUUCCUCUGGAAUUGCUGGUUUCACUGCUGCUUACUGGGUUGGGCCAAGGUUGAAGAGUGACAGGGAGAGGUUCCCACCGAACAACGUAUUGCUGAUGCUUGCGGGUGCAGGGUUACUAUGGAUGGGGUGGUCAGGGUUCAAUGGUGGAGCACCAUAUGCAGCCAACAUUGACUCUUCCAUUGCUGUGCUCAACACUAACAUUUGUGCUGCCACUAGCCUCCUUGUAUGGACUUCUCUUGAUGUAAUCUUCUUCGGCAAGCCUUCGGUGAUUGGUGCUGUUCAGGGCAUGAUGACUGGACUCGUUUGCAUCACCCCAGGAGCAGGGCUUGUGCAAUCUUGGGCGGCUAUAGUGAUGGGAAUUCUAUCAGGGAGCAUUCCAUGGGUGACCAUGAUGAUCCUCCACAAGAAGUCAAGCCUUCUACAGAAGGUAGAUGAUACCUUAGGAGUGUUCCACACACACGCUGUGGCUGGCCUAUUGGGUGGCCUCCUCACAGGUCUCUUAGCAGAACCUCAGCUUUGUAGGCUCAUAUUGCCAGUGACCAACUCAAGGGGUGCCUUCUAUGGUGGCAGUGGUGGCAUUCAACUUUUUAAGCAAUUAGUGGCAGCAUGUUUUAUAGCUGGAUGGAACUUGGUCUCGACCACACUGAUUCUUCUGACCAUACAGUUGUUCAUACCCUUGAGGAUGCCAACCGAGCAGCUCGAGAUCGGCGACGAUGCCAUCCACGGCGAAGAAGCAUAUGCUCUUUGGGGUGAUGGUGAAAAAUAUGACCCAACCAGGCAUGGAUCCUCAAGAGUGGAAAAAACUUCAGCUUCGCCCCGUGUUAAUGUAACUGGAGCAAGGGGUGUGACCAUAGAUUUAUGAUUCAUGUAGAUAUAGCUCUCUAUAGUAGGAGUGUUAUGGGCAAAAUAUGAAUGAAUGCUCGUUCCUGUGUACGUUUGCUAUUAUAAUAGGCAAUGUAAAUUGUACUGGCAAUCAAUUCACUCAUGUCCAAAGCUGGGAGAUGUAAGUGGAUUGGAUGGUCAAAGAAGGAAAGAGGGGGAAAAAAUCACGGAUCCGAUCUUCUUUGCUAAC